AUGUUCUCUCUGAUGCCUCCCACACCAUCGCUUGGCCCCUCCUCACGCUCUGAGGGGCCAUCGUUCGACAACCAUAUUCUUUUAACAGAUUCGCCUGUGGAAGAGAGAGGGUUGGACCCCGAAGUCCGCAGAAAUCUCGAAUCUGUUAAUAUUCAGAGGCAGCUACAGUGGGAGAAGCAUAUGAAAGAUGUCGACUUACAGAGAAGAUACAGAAAGGUGUCUGUCCUCCUGAUCCACUGGGAGAAAGAGGGCACAGACUCGUUCGAUGCUCAAGCAGAGGUGGAUCGGCUCGGUCGCGUUCUUGACCAAAGAUACAAAUUCCGCGUCACGGAAAGAAAGCUCAACACUCAGAAGAAAGCACAGCUGCAGAUCAACAUGCACCUCGCAAACUGGGUCUAUGAGGAAGAUGAGGAGAAUACCCUAUUGAUAAUAUAUUAUGCAGGUCAUGGCACCCCUGAUCGAGGCACAGGUCGCCUACUGCUUGCAAACGGGAACUCAUCAGCACCAGAUGAAAUCUCGGACCGCUUGAACCACAUUGUCUGGCAAGAAGCUGAAAAUCUCAUCCACACUGCCUCGCGUCCAGACAUAUUUCUUAUAUUUGACUGCUGUCAUGCUGGCCGACUUUUGAAUAUGCGGCAGAAACCAGCAUGUUCAGACCGCAUAUUCGAGUUCCUUGGCGCAACAGGUCCAGAUGGAACGACACCGCUUCCUGGCAAAGAGUCCUUCACCUCAGCCCUAAUCUGGGCACUAGAACAACUCGCAGACGAGCAUGCGCGCUUCAUGUCGAAUGAGCUGCUAGAAAAGAUAUUGGAAGCACCACACUUCCACCUGCAAGGUCAGGUGCCCUGUAUGAAUGGGCGCGGGCCUCAUUGUGUGCGCAAGCUUAUCCUCGAGCCCAUGGACUUGGGCGAAGAGAAGCCUAGGGCCAAUGCACAAGGCAGACAUGAAGAGGCCUCCGAGAUUUUCAAAUACUGCCUAAACCUACAAUUCUUGCUCCCUGAUGCGCCGAAUGAUGAGGAUAUCAAACGAAUGUGCGGGAGUCUUCGGGAAUUGAUUCUCACAGAUCGCUUUUGCGCACGCCAGAUUUUAUGGCAGGGGUUGUACCCUAAAGAGCAUGCCAGAGCUGAGUUUCCCCGCCUGGUCCGUGAAUUUGCGGCGCGAUGGCAGAACAAGACACUCAAGAAAAAGCUUCGGAUACUUUCACCUCAUGAAACCUUUAAAGAAGAGGAAGCUCAGAGGGGUACAGCUGAAGUUCGCAGAAAUGCCCUUAAUGACAAUGAGAAAGCGGUACCCACUAGUAGUCAUUCGAACGGGGAUCCGAUGAGCUCGAUGUACCAGAUCCGCCGGUAG